AAACCCAAUAUGUCGACGUCCAAGGCACAAAGCUAGCAUACCGCCGUUUCGGCAAGGCGUCUCCAGUCCCCCUGCUAUGGGUAACGCAUUUCCGGGGGACCAUGGACCUGAUCGACCCACUGCUUCUCAACAGCAUCGCCUCGACGCGCAGCGUGCUCAUCUUCGACAACGCGGGGUGCGGGCACAGCGCGGGUACGAUCCAGGCGACAAUCCAAGAAGCCGGUGCGACCAUCGCGGCGUUCCUGUCGGCCAUCGGGGUCCCCAAAGUCGACGUAAUCGGCUUCUCCAUGGGCGGCUUCACCGCACAGGUGCUCGCGCUCGACUACCCGCAGCUCGUGCGUAAACUCGUGCUCGCAGGCACCCAGUCCGCAUACACAGACGGCUUCAUGCCGCCCGACGCCAGCAUCAUGAAAGCGGCGAGCCAGCCCUCGCCCGGCGAAGCCAACAUGCUCGAUCUCUUCUUCUACGCCUCCGAGUCGAGCCGCGCCCUCGGACACGCAUGGUGGCAGCGCCUCAGCGAGCGCGCCAUCCCCGGCGAGCAGCGCACGCUAUUUGUCGACGAAGCAGGCGGCCAAAUGCAGAACGCGGCCAUUGGCAAAUUCGUGUCUGACGCCUCCUUUUUUGCGCGAAUCCAGGACAUUGAAACUCCUGUGCUGAUUACGAAUGGCAAAAAGGAUAUCAUGACCCCGACCCCGAAUAGCUGGCUUAUGCAGCAGCGCAUGCGGAAUGCCGAGUUGCAUGUUUAUCCUGACUCGGGACAUGGGCAUUUGUACCAGUUUCCUGAGCGGUAUGCUAAGAUGUUGGAUUU